AUGGCAAAUAUAGAAAAAAAACGGCAACAGGAAAAGAUUGGGAGAAUAGAAAAAAUUGAAGUUAAUUACAAAGGUGUUCCGAAAAAUGUGACUUUGGUUAUGAAUAAAGAUAUUUCUACGCCCUACGAUUGUUCUAAAUUUGCUAAACAUAUGAGCGAGUGGCAUGUUGAGUCUAGUGCUCUAGCAUUGAUUGAUGGAAAUGUGUACUGGGACAUGCACAGACCUCUUACAGAAAAUUGCACUUUAGAGUUCCAGAACUUCACAGUAGCUGAACCUCAGCAAGUGAACAAGGCGUUCUGGAAGACAUGUUCAUUGGUGCUAGGAGCGUGUGCAUCUAUAGCGUUCAAGAAUGAUGUUACUGUUAAACUGCACAGUUUUCCCGGACCUGACAUUCGUAGCGGUUCCUUUAUAUACGACAUAGAUCUCCCAUCCCUACCAGACUGGACGCCAAGUCAACACGAGCUGUACACCAUUACAGCGGAAUUUGUCAAGUUUGCACGCCAAGGACACCUUAUAGAGAGGCUGGAGGUCAGCCAAGACUUGGCUCUGGAGAUGUUUAUAGAAAAUGAACAUAAAUCUAGUCAAAUACCAAACAUAGCCAAAACUAAUG